CGUUCGCCAGGGGGCCGCAGCUAUCCGGCGCGACUGCUGCUCCACAAUCGAGGGUGAUGGCAUCGCUCACUGUGAAGGCGUACCUUCUGGGCAAGGAGGACGCGGCCCGCGAGAUCCGCCGCUUCAGCUUCUGCUUCAGCGCUGAGCCCGAGGCGGAGGCCGAGGCCGCUGCGGGCCCCGGACCCUGCGAGCGGCUGUUGACCCGGGUGGCCGCCCUGUUCCCCGUGCUGCGUCCGGGCAGCUUCCAGGCGUACUACCGCGAUGAGGACGGGGACCUGGUUGCUUUCUCCAGUGAUGAGGAACUGACGAUGGCAAUGGCCUAUGUGAAGGAUGACAUUUUCCGCAUUUACAUUAAAGAGAGGAAGGAGUGUCGGCGGGACCACCGCCCGCCAUGUGCGCAGGAGGCGCCCCGAAGCAUGGUGCACCCCAACGUGAUAUGCGAUGGUUGCAAUGGCCCGGUGGUGGGGACCCGGUACAAGUGCAGUGUCUGCCCUGACUACGACCUGUGUGCCAGCUGCGAGGGGAAGGGCAUGCACCGAGAGCACAGCAAGCUUGCCUUCCCCAGCCCCAUGGGGUUUCUCUCUGAGGGCUUCUCUCAUAGCCGCUGGCUCCGGAAGCUGAAGCACGGGCACUUUGGAUGGCCCGGCUGGGAAAUGGGACUCCCUGGGAACUGGAGCCCUCGGCCUCCUCGGGCAGGGGAAGCCAGCUGCGGCCCCACAGCAGACUCUGCUCCAGGUCCAUCAGAGGAUCCCAGUGUGAACUUCCUCAAGAACGUGGGGGAAAGUGUGGCAGCUGCCCUCAGCCCCCUGGGCAUCGAGGUGGAUAUUGACGUGGAACAUGGAGGGAAGAGAAGCCGCCUCGCACCUGCGUCUGCCGGCAGCACCAGUGCAGAGGGCAGGCACGGCUCUCCUGGCCCCAGCACAUCAGAUGGGGUCGUGGAGGGGCCCGUGCGGUCUCUGGCCGAGCAAAUGGACAAGAUAGCCCUGCAGCCCGGCACACAGCCUGAGGAGCAGAUGGAGUCGGAUAACUGCUCAGGAGGAGAUGACGACUGGACCCACUUGUCUUCUAAAGAGGUGGACCCAUCCACAGGGGAACUCCAGUCCCUGCAGAUGCCUGGCUCGGAGGGGCCUGGCUCUCUGGACCCUUCCCAGGAAGGACCCACGGGGCUGAAGGAGGCAGCCGUGUACCCACACCUGCCGCCAGAAGCUGACCCCCGGCUCAUUGAGUCGCUCUCCCAGAUGCUGUCCAUGGGCUUCUCUGACGAGGGCGGCUGGCUCACCAGGCUCCUGCAGACCAAGAAUUAUGACAUUGGGGCUGCCCUGGACACCAUCCAGUAUUCGAAGCACCCACCGCCCUUGUGACACUCUGUGCCUACCUGUUACCCGUCCCCUUUCUGGUCAUAUUUGUGUUGAGUGUAGAACCCAGGCCUCAGCAAGGGCCAGUGUCUCUUCUUUCAGAGUCGGGGGCGGGGCUGCAUGAAGCCUUGUAGGGCAGUAGGACAAGCGUCAUGAGGAGGGAGUUCCAAAUGUGCUGAUAUCCGAAGAGCAUUUUCCAGGGUGCCCUGGGGCAGAGCAGGGCUCCUCCGCCUCCUGCAGCUGCUCUCCACCAGCCCGAGUCACCAGCCGUGUAGAGCGCCUCUUGCCUGAUGGCCCUUCUGCUUUUUUAAAACGACUGACAGUUCGCUGACCCGUAGCUGAUUUUCUGCUGGAAACCUGACCUGCUCCAGGUUCACCGGAACACAGCCACCCUCCUGUCAGGAAGGCGGCUGUCCUGGUGCGAAUCCUGUGGGGAGGAUGGCCCGGGACCAGCUUCAUGUCCGGGAACAGGAAGGGCUGACGGGAACCGAUGGUGGUCGCAAUUCUCUCCCAAGUGUGUCACCUGCUUUUAAAGGAAGAAUAUCCCUUUGUAGCCAUUCUGUUAGCAUAUUUGUAAUCCACCUGUAAUUAAAUGGUAUAAGCACUUUA